AUGUCCUUGCCUUUUCUCGAUAGUAAAGGCAGUACAAUCCCGGAAGAGUGGAUACUAGGAAAUGGUGCCACGGCCGUCGUGAUCCUCCAGAACGGCGUCGCCGUCAAGAUUCCGCUGCGGUUACCCUGGUCUUGCGCCUACAAUAUCCAGAGCAGCAUCGACAGUAUCCGGCGCGAGCAAGAUGUCUAUCGCCGCCUACAGCAGCCACCCGACGACGAUCCUCGCGCGAGCGGUGUGGUGCGCUGCGUCGAGUUCGCCUCCGAGGCCACCCACCUUGCGCACAUGGUGAACGGCGAUCUGCAGAGAUAUCUGGAAAAGUCGAGGCCUUCCGCCGAGCUCCAACUACAGUGGUGUCUCGAGAUGGCACAGGCGCUCGACUAUGUCCACGACAGGCGCGUUCUCGUCGCCGAUAUUGCUAGCCGCAACCUCCUCCUCGACGCCCGUCUGUCUAUCAAGAUUUGCGACUUUUCAGAAGCCACCCUCCUGCCGCUCAACACAGACAUGCUCAGCGCGGAUGAUAAAGGCUACACCACACAGAUCGAUAUUGGCCUGCUCGGUGCUGUCAUGUACGAGAUCGCGACGGGCGUCCGGUGCAAGGUCGAUCUGUACAUGGACAGCGAAACACAUGCGUCCUGGCCCGCGCGGGACGUGCUGCCGGACACGGGGGGCCUUGCCCUCGGUGGCAUCAUCGAGGGCAGCGCUUUUGACGAGGAAAACUUUGGUUGUUGA